AUGCCAUCCCUAGGUUUCCUGAAGAAGAAGAGGACGAAGGACUCCUCCGGUUCUGCCAAAGACUUUGAAUCUCCCACAAGCCCCACCAUCACCAAGGAGCCCUCGCAAUUGAGCCAGCCAAGGUCGAAUCCAGACGCCUUAUCUAACCCUGCGACGUCUACUACAGCCUCGGCGUCAGCGGUCACCUCGGAUACCAACAACAGUACAGCUGCGCAGCAGAACACCGCCGAACCUAUGAACACCGCCGCCACGCCUCAGCAGCAGCCGCAAACCUACUCCUCACCCGAAGCGUCGCAACAGCAAAAUCAACCUUCUAUACAGAAUGUGAUCAAUCCACCGAACAAUGAUUCGGGGUACCGUGCGACGCCAGCCAGAGACGGCGACGCGAUGCAGAUUUCACCUCCGCCGCAAGUGCAAGCUCGUGUAACAAAAGGGAAAUACUCGUUGGUGGAUUUCCAGAUACAACGUACCCUGGGGACGGGAAGUUUUGGUCGCGUGCACCUGGUGCAGUCGAAGCAUAAUCAACGUUUCUAUGCUGUCAAGGUGUUGAAGAAAGCCCAGGUCGUCAAGAUGAAGCAGGUGGAGCACACGAAUGACGAAAGAAGAAUGCUUGGCAGAGUAAAGCAUCCCUUUCUGAUCACGUUAUGGGGCACCUUCCAGGACUCGAAGAACUUGUACAUGGUGAUGGAUUUUGUCGAAGGUGGUGAGCUUUUUAGCUUACUACGCAAGUCACAGCGAUUUCCAAAUCCUGUGGCCAAGUUUUACGCCGCCGAAGUCACAUUAGCGCUCGACUAUCUCCACUCCAUGGACAUAAUCUACAGAGAUUUAAAGCCUGAAAAUCUGCUUCUAGAUCGACAUGGGCAUCUGAAGAUUACUGACUUUGGGUUCGCCAAGGAGGUUCCAGACAUUACAUGGACCCUUUGUGGUACCCCGGAUUAUCUCGCUCCAGAAGUCGUGGCGUCGAAGGGCUACAACAAGUCGGUGGAUUGGUGGUCACUAGGAAUCCUAAUCUUUGAGAUGCUGUGCGGAUUCACGCCAUUCUGGGAUGGCGGCUCACCGAUGAAGAUUUACGAGAAUAUCCUCAAGGGGCGAGUGAAGUACCCACCGUAUAUUCAUCACGAUGCACUUGAUCUGCUGCAAAAGCUGAUUACGCACGACUUGACUCAACGGCUGGGUAACUUGCAUGGCGGCAGCAAGGACGUGAUGAACCAUCCAUGGUUUGCUGAGGUUACAUGGGAGCGACUCAUGAAAAAGGACAUUGAUGCGCCAUACGUGCCACCCGUGCGUGCAGGUGUUGGCGACGCGAGCCAAUUCGACAAAUACCCCGAAGAAACGGAGGCGUAUGGACAGACGGGUGACGAUCCACAUGAACGCCUUUUCGGGGACUUUUGA